GAUGUCCUCCUUCUAGUAGGGGCCUUCCAAGUCGCUGCAGGCCGUGAGGAGCCAUAGAUAUAAUCAAAGUCUGUGUUAACAAGGAUGAGCAUGCCAUUUUAAGUCUUUGGCCGCAGAGGAUGUAUCGAUUGGGUCAGUGAGCGCGGAACCAAACCGGACCGAACAACCGGAAGUGCCAGCGCUUGUUGGCCAACAACAGUACAGCUCAAUACCAAUCUAUGAUCUAGCGGACGUGUUUAAUGGACGAUCCAUGGGCCAAUGCCUGGGAUGAGUCACACUCCAAAAACACAACUUCUUCCGUUCCUACUAAAUCCAUAUUUUCAACUUCCACCUGGAGGGAUCCUGCAGAGAGCGAAACAGAUAUCGCCCUGCCGUCUUGGUCCGUAGGGCCAGCUGUAACUUGGAAUGAACCAUCUGACGAUGCUCCAACAUUAUGGGGUUCCUCUACCUCCAAUGAUUCUCCGGAACUACCUAUCACUUCGAGCUUUAGCCCCAAAGGUGUCGACUGGAAAUCCUCGUACGAGAGUAUGAGUGCACAUUUCGGAGGCUCAAGUGUUGACGAGAACUCGGAAACAGAAGAGGUAGGAGAUGCAGAAGAAUCAAACGAGGGGGAGGGAAUGCAUGAUCAGAUGGAUAUUAAUGUUGAUGAAUACGAAGCUGUUGCCGCCAAGGGCGAGGCUCCAGGGAUAGUGGAUCCAUGGACACCUCCUCAAAGUACCUUCCCUACUUCCACGUCUCUUAGCUCGGUCCUGGAAAUAACCGCGUCCAAUUCUCCACCUGCGCCACGCAGUCCCGAUGCAUUUGAAUUUGGUACAUUCGAAUCUGGCGCUUCCGACUCUUUAGCCGGACCUUCUACGGAGGGAAAAACCUGGGACUCGGGCAGUCUCUCUAACCCAGAAUCGGAAUGGGGUACUGCAUGGGUAUCUAAAGAAGCAGAUCCAAAUGAUGUUGAAGAUGUAGAGGCUCUGGACGAAUGGGAAAGAGCCAAAAGAGAGAAAGAGAAAAUGGAUCGCGUGGUACCUCCGGAAUUUCUUGCAUCAAUUCUGCGUACUUUGGAGGAAAUUUCGGACGAUUUAUGGCCCCCGCCUGUCCAAGCGAAACCAAACGACGUAAACAAUGUGCCUACUACAGACACAACGCAGGAGCCUUUGAAGGAUACCAGGGAUGAUGACCCCUUGGACAGGGACUCUCCAAAUUUAGGUUCCGUCGUCCAGGUUGAGGAUGAGAGCAACUCUUUGAAUGAUGAAAGUCAACCUGAAGAAACACUUGCUCAUUGGAAAGGUGGUAUAGAUGCGGUUGAGGGCCUGUUGGACCUUUGCCAGACUAUAAUUCCACCUUUGCCACCGCUUUCAUCCCUUCCGGCCCUCCCUUCACAAACCAAAUCAUCGCCUAUAAUGAAACGCAGCUCAGAGGCCCUCCGCUUGACGCGUUCGACAGUGAUUUCCUCUUCCGGUCCUCUUGGAAUGUAUCUCAAAACUAAAGGAUCCAUCGAAUGGGAGGUUGCAGUAAAAGCACGGCCAGAGAAAACAAGUGAACAAGAACGAGAAGAGAUCGUUCCUGCCGGGUGGAGAAUUUUACCGAAAGAAAAAGAAGACGAAAAGAAAGUAGAGGCGCCUGAAAUGAAAAGGAAAGGAUCUAGCAUAUUAUCGUCUUUCUUCGGAAGAAAGGCAGAAGCUUCACCUACGGAGAGUAAAGAAAAGAAGGAUAAAGAAGCAAGUCCCAGGCCGUCUUUCGCAUCAUCUCGGAACAGCAUGGAUUCUAAAUCAGGAACUGCAAAUGCAGAAUCAUCAUCAACGGACAAGCUUCCCACCAGUCCUGCCUCUGCUCCAGUCCCUUCAACGUCGGCUGUGGGUGCUUCCACCUCUACCACUCCUACUCCUUCUACCUACGGCGACGGGGGCUCGCCUGAUCUUUUCCACGACGCACCAACAACAGCUCCCGCACCUUCAGCAGUAUCCCGCUUCCUAAACCGAUUCUCCUCCUCCCGCAACAGACCUAGCCAUUCUCGGCAGAACUCAAACACCUCAUUGGCGUUGUCUACAGAUGAUCUUGAAUUUCUGCAGGAUAUCGUUCCCAGUGCUAGUGACGUUGAUCAUGAACAUGAACUCGUACAAACAGGAUCAAACGAGUUGGAAUUGAAUGGGCUUCAGAAGAUGAUAAACAGUGCGCCGCUACCUGCACCGCUGUUACCUCCUCCGCGAGCUCCUGGCCGAGAUCCGCAGCGGUCGCAGUCGCAGUUGAGUUCACCACAGAGUCCAUCAGAUGAUUUCAUCACUGGGAGAAAGGCCCCUUCGGAUGCCUCGCGGCAGAAUAAGAACUUUGACUUUGCGUCGUCCUCGAGUCAGAUACUGACUCCUUCCCCUGCACUUCCUUCUCAGAUACAAACCGCCAUUACCCGAUCUUCGACACCAUCGUCUUUUGCUUUACCGUUAUCGACUAGAUCUUCCAGUCCUGGUUUAGAUAUGUUAUCUAUCGCAGGUUCUUCUGUUGGCGGCAGAGCCUCACAGCUAACAAGUCCUAGUACGGGUAUGAAUGCCCUGGGUGGGAGUGCCAUUUCAAGACCGUCCUCGUCGUCGGCUAUGCCAAACAUCCGAACUACCUCUUCCUCCUCCUCCACGACGAUGAAGAGGCCUACGCCUGUCGCCAUCAUGUCUCAAUCCUCCGGUUCUUCAUCGAAAACCCCCGAGUCUGCCGACCCUUUUAGCUUCCUUCCACCUCCGCCAUCUAUUCGUGGAGGCGGAAAAGCAACGUCAUCUCCCACACUGUUGAUUGACGAUGAGCUGCCACGUGCCUCGUCGUCUGUUUCAGGUGUUUCGAGCAUUCCCGCAGCUUUGAACAUACCUUCGACCUCUGUGACUUCUGCUCAUCUUCCCCAGAACCCCGAUGACGACGACUUUUCUGAUUUCCUCAGCGCAACCCCGACCGACGUAGUCCAGCCUCCCUUUUCAGCCUCAAACCUGUUCUCUCUUUCCUCUGCACAACCUUUGUUUUCUGCUGGAUCUGCAGAAUUCAACGGCCGUGACAGUGAGGGCCCCUCGGACGCCUUCUCUGCGCGAUAUGACAAUCCCCUGAACACUUCCGUAUCUUCCAUCGCUUCUACGAAUUCGGUGAACAACAUGCUCCUUUCCAGUCGUGAAAUGGAUUCUUUCGGUGAUUCCUUCGAUGCAUUCAAUGAUUUUGCGUCCUCAUCGUCUCCGGUACAACGCGAUACACUCCGAACACCUUCCCCGCCCGCCCUCCCCGAUAAAUCACCUGGAAAGUUGGCGGCGAGGAGGGCAUUCGGUGCGGAGCCAACUAGUGCUGGGGUUUCGAGGAGAGCAUCUACAGGGAAGAAAACUAUGGGAGGAUCAGGUGUGGGAGGUAGGAUUCCUCCAGGAAGACUGAAUUUACCUGCCCCCGUGUCUUCUUCGGCGUAUUCGAGACAUUGGGGCUCGCCGGCUCGCGAACCUUCUCCAUCGUUCCUUUCCGGAAAUGCCGUCAACUCCGCUUCUCCAUUGGUCGCUUCUUCAUCCGAGCCUGCUCUUGCAGUUACUCCAGCUUCAUCUCCUUCCCCGAAGAACCAUAAGAAGAAGGUAUCCAAAGAAGCACAUCAACGUACGCGAAGUUUGGUGGAAGAUGCUAUGGCUCGGAGUGGGAUUUGGCCUUCCCCUGCCCCGAGUGCAGCUUCUUCAACCAGUGGUUAUGGAUCUGGAUAUGGAGCAUACGGGUUUGGUACGGCUCCCCCUUUAAGUCCUUUGCCGCCAAUUUUGAGCCCCCCGCCCGAAUACUCUUCAUCGAGCAAGAAUAAAGGAGGAGGAGAUUUACUAGGGGCGCAUGAAGAUGACGACGAUGAUGUACCUUUAGCUUCGCUUGCUCCAGGUUCCACCUAUGGAUCAAUCCCGAAUUCAAAUAUCGUACCAAUGGCCCUAAUCUGAAUACAAAUGGUACACUUCCCCCAAUACCGCUACCUGGGCCUACACCUUCCGGCCAGCAGCCGGCGUUGCUAAUGGGCUUUGGUGCGCUCGGCUCAGGGCCCGGUUCCGGUUCGAGUUCUGGCUCUUUGACUGUCGCGUCUCCGGCUUCUGGUAUGUCUUCGCAGUUGAUGUCAGUGUUCGGUGCCACUUUGGCAUCUUCAACGUCGAAGACAACGACUGGGGGCUUGUCGGCGCAGGAUUU